AUGGAGGGCAUCCUGGCCAACCUGGAUGCCGACCUGUUCCGAACGUACGCCUUCUGGUGCGCGUUGCUGGCACUGAAAAUGCUUGGCGUAGGUCUGCUAACAUCCAUGACCAGGAUCAGGAAAAGGGCUGCUUGCGAACGUAACAACGCCCAUUUUUUGCGAAACUUUAUCGCGCCCGACUUUGGGCUUUCGGAAUGUCAAAACAAAUGCGGUGCUGAUAACGAAAUUAUAGCCACCGUGUUUGCAUUUCCGUCGGUCCACUUAGGUCCGGUCUAUGUAAGCCGAGAGGAUGCAGCGUUUAUGAACGCCAAAUGGAAACGACAGUACGAUCCCCACGUGGAACGAGUACGCAGAGCUCAUCGGAAUGACCUGGAAAACCUGUUGCCCUUCUAUUUGUUGGCGUUCCUGUACCUGCUGACCGGACCGAACCCGACGCUGGCUGGCAGGCUAAUCCGAUGGUCAUCCAUCAGCCGCAUCAUCCACAGUAUCGUCUAUGCCUGCUUCGUGGUUCCCCAGCCAGCACGCGUUCUGAGCUAUGCAGUAAUGCAGCUAUCGAUGGCCUACAUGUCCUACAAGUGUAUGUCGUUCUUUUUGUGA